AUGAAGGAGUGCUCGCUCCAGCAAAGGUCUCCCCAGGAGAAAGUGACUCGUCAGGAGAAAUCUGCCUUGAUCAACUGUUCUCUAGAAGUUCUGCAAGACAUUGAGUGCAUCUAUGGAGGAGAUGCUGGCAUUGUAUGCUCAGCGCUCCGUCUAAUUAACGGACCAAAUCACUGCUCUGGGAGGAUUGAGGUGUUGCAUAAUGAAGAGUGGGGGACCGUGUGUGAUGCUGGCUGGGAUUUACAUGAUGUCCAGGUGGUGUGCAAGGAACUGAACUGUGGAAAUGCCUCAAAAGCAUUGACUGGGGCAUGGUUUGGAGAAGGAUCUGGUCCCAUCUGGUUGCAGAGCGUUAAUUGUACAGGAAACGAAGCAAUCCUGAGUGAAUGCCCCCAAAGGCCCUGGGGUGAGCAUAGCUGCAACCAUAGCCAGGAUGCAAGUGUGGAGUGCUCAGGGUCAGUGAAGAAGUGGGAAAUAUCAGUGCCUUGAAAUAUUCCAGGUGUGGUCAGGUUGGUGAGCGGUAGAAGCCAUUGCUCCGGAAGAGUUGAGGUGCUUCACAACCACCAGUGGGGGACUGUGUGUGAUGACGACUGGGAUCUGAACAAUGCCCAAGUGGUAUGCAGAGAACUCGGCUGUGGAGAUGCCUCAUCGGCCCCUGGAAAAGCUGCGUUUGGAAAAGGACAUGGUCCCAUCUGGUUGGAUGGUGUCAAAUGUGAGGGGACAGAAACUUCCCUCAAUAACUGUCAUCUUAAAAAUUGGGGAGAACACGACUGUUACCACAGUGAAGAUGCUGGUGUUGUGUGCUCAGGUAACAGAUGGCUGGUAAGGGUAUAACUCCGUCUAGUGAAUGGUCGAAGUCAGUGCUCCGGUUGGAUUGAGGUGCUUCACAACCAGCAGUGGGGGACCAUUUGUGACUCCGGCUGGGAUUUACUUGAUGCUCAUGUUGUGUGCAGGGAACUGAACUGUGGAAAUCCGGUAGAUGUAUUAGCUGGAAAAUGGUAUGGACAAGGAUCUGGUCCCAUCUGGCUGGAAAACGUUAACUGUACAGGAAAUGAAGCAUUCCUAUUUGAAUGCCCCAAAAGGCCCUGGGGAGAGCAUGAUUGCAGUCACGGCCAGGAUGUGAAUGUGGAGUGCACAGUUCCAGUAGGCAUCAGAUUGGUAAAUGGUUCAAGUCAUUGCUCUGGGAGAGUUGAAGUUUUCUACAAGAAUACCUGGGGGACGGUGUGUGAUGAUGACUGGGAUCUGGACAGCGCCCAAGUUGUGUGCAGGGAACUGGGUUGUGGAGUUGCCCUGUCGGCCCCAGUGGAAGCUCACUUUGGAGCAGGACAUGGUCCCAUCUGGGUUGGUAGUGCCGCAUGCAGAGGAAUGGAAGAGUCCCUCAUUUACUGUGACCUAAAUAUGGAAGAUCAUGACUGCAGCCACAGAGAGGACGCUGGUGCUGUGUGCUCAGAGCUCCGACUGGUUAAUGGCCAAGAUAGCUGCUCUGGGAGGAUCGAGGUGUUCCACAAUGAAGAAUGGGGGACCGUGUGUGAUGAUGGUUGGGAUUUACAUGAUGCCCAGGUUGUGUGCAAGGCACUGGAAUGUGGAAACCGAACAGAGAUCCGAUUGGUGGACGGUUCAUAUCGUUGUUCCGGGAGAGUUGAGGUGUUCCACAAGCAGCAGAAGGGGGUGCUGUGUAAUGAUGAGUGGAAUCUGAACAGCGCCCAAGUUGUGUGCAGGGAACUGGGCUGUGGAGUUGCCUUGUUGGCCCCACUGGGGAAUUACUUUCAGGCUGUGGAGGAUUUCCACUGGAUGCAAGUGGUCCGUUGUCAGGGGACAGAAGCUUCGAUCAGGAACUGCGAGCUAAGAGACUGGGGAGAAAAUUACUGCUACUACGGGAGCAACGCUGGUGCUGUGUGUUCAGAAAUAACACAAUCUUUAAACAUUUCAGGUGAGGUCAGAUUGGUGAACGGUUCAAGUCGUUGCUCUGGGAGAGUUGAGGUGCUCCACAACGAUAGCUGGGGUGCUGUGUGUGAAGACGGCUGGGAUCUCAACAGUGCCCAAGUUGUUUGCAGGGAACUUGGCUGUGGAGUAGCCUUGUCAGCCACCACAGGGCCUCACUUUGGAAGAGGACGUGGUCCAGUCUCACUAGAAGCUGACACGUCUGUUGAAAUCGACAUCCAUCUGAGGUUGGUUGGUUUGGUCCUGUUUGUCUUGGUGCUGAUUGUGAUUGAGGCUGUGUACAGCAGCAGGAGGGGGCAGCUCUAA